AUGUCACAAGUCAACACCGUCCUCGGCCCGAUCGACUCCGCCGAUAUGGGUUUCACUCUCAGCCACGAGCACAUCACCCUGGGCGCCGCCGGCGCGGCCGCAACCUACCCGGGGUUCCAGGACCGCCAGGCCAUCGCCGACGCGGCCACGGCCGCCCUGUCCGAAGCCCACGCCGGCGGCGUGCGCACCAUCAUCGACGUCACCACCUUCGACCUUGGCCGCGACGUGGCCAUGAUGCAGGAGGUCAGCCGGCGCUCCGGUGUCCACGCCAUCCCCUGCACCGGGAACCAUCUCUCCGUGCCGCGCAUCUUCUGGGGCGCUCCCGUGGAUCGGGUCGCCGCCCUGUUCAUCAAGGAAAUCGAGGAGGGCAUCGAGGACAGCGGCGUGAAAGCCGGCAUCAUCAAGGUGGCCAGCGACCGGGGCGGCAUCACCGAAAACGAGGAGAUCAUCCUGCGCGCCGCCGCCCGCGCCUGCAACGCCACCGGUACCCGCAUCAGCACCCACACCUGGUCUCCCGACCGGGUCGGCGAGGAGCAGGUGCGCAUCUUGAGAGAGGAGGGCGUUGACCUCAACCGGGUCUACAUCGGCCACAGCAACGACGACACCGAUGUCGGUUACCUGGUCGGCCUCCUCGAGGAGGGCGUGUGGCUCGGCCUCGACCGCUAUCCCGGUGGCCGUACCCCGGAGACACCUCAAUGGGAGCGGCGUACCGAGGUGGUCAAGCAACUCAUCGACGCCGGCUGGGCUCAUCGCCUGAUGCUGUCCCACGACCAUUCGACCCCUGUGGUGCAGCCCUCCGAAGACCUGCGCCGGGAACGCGAGGAAUUCAAUCCCGACGGCUACCUGUUCAUCAGCCGCAACGUCCUGCCCCGCCUCAUCGAGUUGGGCGCUGCCGACGCCGACGUCCAGGCCAUGAUGGUCGACAACCCCCGGCGCUUCUUCGAAGACUGA